UUUUCUUCCAUCUUUUCCCCUCGACUUCCAGCUUGUGGAAAGACGAACAAAGGCAAGUUUGCUCAUCAGGAAGAAAAUCAGAAUAAUCGUCGGAAAAAAUGUAAUGUCUGCGGUUUUUCGGGCUUAUUAGUGCCGUGUUUCGCGCGUGUUAAAUUGUUGAAAAUGUGUUCCAAAUAACCAGCAAUUGGACGGUGUUUGUCUCGAAGCAGCAAAGUGUACAAAAGUGUUGAGAUUUUUUUCAUCGGUCGGUGCAAAGUGGAUGAAUAUUGUGCAAGAAGAGCAAGUGAAAUCUGUCGUCAGCAGCAGAAGUAGAGAAGUGGAAGUGGAACCUUAAGUGGCAGUGGCAACGAAGGAGGAACAAAAUGUCCAGCCGAGUACGCAAACAGAACGAGCCCAUGAAGGCGUUUGUUCCGGUGAGCUCUCUAGUGGUGAGGGGCUCGGGAUCGCUUCACUGUACGACUCCCGGCGCUGGUCCUGGGGGAGGAGGUAAAUCCCUUUCGGCGACCCUUUCGCCUCCCAUCAGACAUAUUUCACCUGAGCAUGCCAUCUCCGGCCACCGAAGUCCCGGAGCGCUUACGUACAAAGGAAAAGUGCUAACGUUGAAUGAAGGCUCAAUGCGGAGAACAGCAUCUCUCGAUGCACUGUAUUUGCGUCCGGCUCCGGCUUGGAGUCUACUAACCUCCACCCUGCUCCAGCUCGAUAAAGCCACUCAAACAGAGGAGUCAUACCUGGAACGCACACGAGGUAGUACAUGGACACCUAGUGCCGGUGCGGGUUCCGGGCCUUCAGCGGAUUCCUCGCCCGUCAUAACACGCACCGAGGUAACCACCCCGACUGAUUUGAAAAUGGAGAAGGUGAUAAGACAAAGACUGCAACGCACACAUCGCGGUGAACACUCAGUUAGUUCCCAGACACUUAGUCCUAACCAUGCUAAGGCAAGCCCAGUUUCGAUACCUCCACGUACCUGUCCACCUGUUCACAUGCGACCGAUGCGUAACUCGGUAGAAGGUUUAAAUCAGGAAAUAGAAAAGUUGGUUUUGUACACCGGUCAGGCGCACACCUGUCGAUCGGAUCUGGAAAUGUAUUCCCGCGGAACUCCGGAAGGACAUCGUGCACCGCUGGCAGAGCUGUUUCAUGCUGCAGGUGGAGGAGUGAUUAUACCGAGCGAUACUCGAUCGGUCAACACUCAAACGCCGCUUGGAGACACGUUGUCAUCGGACGACGGCAGUCAAAGCACUUCCCCCGACGAGGGAGCUGCUGUUUCAAGUGCAUCACCAAGGAUCAACAAGUUCUUGGCUCGGGAGCCGCCCGAUGGUUGUGAAAAGGUGAACCUCAAACUAACCGAAGCCGAUACCAGUACAAAUACGACGCACUUCAAACCGUGCGUUGCUUUCCAGCUUAGACCUUCUCUCGGGUCUGCAUUUCAACCGUUGCAGCCGAUUCCGACGUUGAAAACCACCCCAGAAGACGACGGUAACAAUGAAGGGGAAGCCGACAUUCAGGAACCGUCGUCGUCGGGAACCGGCGGUUAAAACUAAACUGCUGCUGCAGGCUUGUGGCCCUUUUGUAGGCCUAGCUAGCCGCUUCUCUUUUAUCCCCUUAGACCUAGUGUGUAUUUCUCCCACAAAAAAUAUACACGCAUUCGUUCGCGAACUGUUGGCACGCAUUUUGCCCAAUCAAAUCGGUAGGUACAAGUAAAAUGUCGAUUCAAUAUCAUUUUGUACGGUCAAACCAAUGAGAGAAUUAUUAAUCUGUCGAUUAACAGUGAUUAAGAAAUGGAUAGGUAAUGAAGACCUAAAGGUUUUUGACAUUUUUCUGGAUUAACCAUAGUAGAGCGCUACGUAACACUAGAACAAUACAAAAAUGUGCUUUGAAUAGGGGCUUGAGUUGUACAAUUAUUUUGAUUUGCAUCGUAAACAGAAUUAUUCAUUUCUAGUGAAAUGAUAUGAAAGUUUGUUUAAUUUGAUUUGAAAGUGUUUUUGUCAUCGGCUGGUAAUUGUGGAGCGUUAAUGUGUGUAAAUAUUUCAUAUUACAGAAAAAGAGAGAGAGAGAAUAGACACGAGUGAACCGAAGUGAAAGGCAUACUUUUGAAUGCCAUGUUCUUGAUGGCCGGUUUUGUACUGACGACAAGAUAACAAUAAAUGACAGAUAUCAAUGAAGAACUGAGAAAUAACAUUCAGCUUAUGCAUGUUUCAUCAAAAGCUAGUAGGAAUCAUGACAUCAAUCAAUUACACUAUAAUUUUUAUUUCAUAUAGAUAGUAUUUCUAAAAACAGAUACACCAUUAAUUAUUUUUGUUCCUUCAAGUAUUCAUUCAUCUCUAUAAGUUACAUUAAGUAAUAUGGGGCUUAACUUUUUGGUAGUGCUGGCAGCUUAAGCGUUACAUCCACCAGUGAUAAACUAUGAAGAUAAUAUCGAUACUAGGAUGCCAUGAUGAUUGCCUACCGUGAUGACUUCUUACCGUAGAGUAAUCAUUGGCGAAUUUCCAGCUAUGUCCUUAUAGCUAGUCAAUUCUUGGACAGUAGUUUGGCUUAUUCUUAGCGAGACCUUGGCCGAUUCCAUACAUGUUACGCAGGGCUGGCAGCAAGUCUUGAUCUAGGGAAUUCUUCAGCACUCCAACGCUGAUAUCUUCAGUUACUUUAAACAUUUUCUCAGAGUUUAUCCCGGAUUUCCUGCAGAGUUUUUUUUCCAUAAUUCUUCCCCAGAUUUUGCCAGUUACUCCAGCAGAUCUUCCAAAGAUUCCUACAGGAGUUCUUCCAAAAAAAUCGCCAAAGGUAUAUUCCAGAUUUAUUAGGAGAUUCGUUUAGGCAUUUUUCCAUGAAACCCUACACUAAUUCCUUCAGGAGUUCCUACGCAGACUUUCCACCUAUUCUUCCACCUAUUAUCCAGAAAUUGCCCCAAAAAUUCUUCCAGGGCUUAUUCCAGACAAUCUAUUAACAAAUCUUCCAGGAAUUCCUCAAGAAGUUCCUGUGCUCUCAGUUUCAGCACUAUUCAAUUGUUCACAGAAGUGCUGCCCCCAAUUACCUAACGUUAAAGAUGCGUCAAGAUGCUCCCAUUCUUAUCAUUGCACAUCUCGGAACGCGGGAUGCGUUACGCUACUGAUAGAACUUUCACGUUUCUUGACUCCGCCUCUUCCAUACAGCGUUUUUUUUUCUCCCCAAAAUAUGAGGCUUUAAUAUCGUUGUUUUCGUAUAAAACGUUCGUGACAAAAUCAUUAUUCUGCAGUUGUACGACUUUUUAUUACUUUUAUAUUGAACCAUUAAUCUCAAAAUAAAAUAAAUAAUUUACGACUUUCUGCUAAUAAGGCAUCAGAAGCUAUUUUAACAUUUUUUUGUUUUAUAUCAUGACGCAAUGAUGAUUCCACUGGCAGCGCACAAAACCAAAUCAUAGUCCAAUCAACCACAAAAUAACUCAUCAAGCAUUUCCAUCAAUAGUAAGCAAAAAUAUCGAACGGAAAAUAAUAAUAGAAUCAAAACUGCAUACAUUACAUUUUCAUAUAAAAUACAGCGUGACAGGAAUACCAUUUGACAAAACAACACAAAUCUCACUAUAGAAGGCAAUGUACAAGAUGGCGGGAUAAGAUCUGCACACGAUGAAUGAUACCAGUAAGAUGAGUAACUUGUUCUAGAAGUGAAACGGUUUUAGCUUUUGUCCAGAGAGUAGGGACUAAUAGGCUGCUGAGGCUUGGAAGUUAUGUGAUGUCGGUACCAAAAGCAUAUGAAUACAACUUGGCAAUCUUUUUUGUUGGUUAGGGUUAACGAGCGUAGCCAAUUUCUCGAAGCAGCCAAUGACAGGACCAAGGAGCUUUUGGAUUCGAUGAGUUUCCACUGAAUAUUCUUUCUCUAUUUUUUAUUCGUUUUGCCCCGGAUGUAACAUUCCCCUGAUUACAAACUAGAUCUCCCAGAAUAACAUGAGAGAUAUUCGUGAUAAUUUUGAAAGCAACUACUGAAUGUAGGAUGGGAAAUUAAAUAAAACCGUUGAAUUAUUCCAAUAUACAACCCAGUAUUAAAAAUGGGAUGCAUUUUAUGCUCAAAGCAUGUUGAAAAAAAUAUUGUUAUGCGUAAUAAAAGUCAAAAAUUGUUUGGGUCGAAAUGGUUCAAAAUUGCUAAACAAAAUAGAUUAAAAAAAGUUCUAUAAUUCCUGAAUCAGUGUAACAUCAAAUAUUCGAAAAUAUUACUCUAGUAAUGUUUUAUUUUGACUAAAAUUAAAUGCAGCUGAGAAAUAAUACCUACCCAAUAAUUCGCCGAUAAUUAUUCCCAAAUACUAAAUGUACAAAUUUAUUACUUUAAGAUUUUGGUUCUCAAAAAACGUAAAACAUUGACGAAAAAAUGUUGAUAAUAACUUUCUUUAUAUGUAAAUCAAUUAGUUAUUAGUAAUAAUAAUCACAUAGUAAACGAUAAGUAUGUUGUUU